CUCUUCUUGCUCUUUAAAUAGACUAGCCAAGGAGCAAAGCAGCAUUUGAGCAAGUUGGUAGGGGACGUGAACAUCUGUAAUUCAUUACACCUGCUUGGAUUAAAUUCAUCCAUCUGUGGGCCCUGUGGAAGAAGAAUGCAAAGCUGGAUAUCGACUACAGAGCCAUAAAGAGUCACUUCACGGUUGAAAAAAAAAAUGAAUAAUGGGUACAGUACCACUGGUGACAUCCAAGAUGUUGUAAGUGAAUCAGAAAUGGAACCAGAAGCUGAAGUUCCUUGUUCGGGCUCCAAUGGUUCUCAAGAACGUGGUAUCCUUGAAUCCCUGGCAGAGUCCGAUAAUGAAGAUGCUGUCAGUGAAGCACAGAGAAGCUUUGACCCACAGUCUCCUUUUCCAAAGUCUAAUGCAGAAUGCCCAGGAGACUCAAAUUUGCAUAACUUAAGUGGAAGUGAAGAUGAAGGUUUAUACCCAGAAGAGGAUGAUAUCUACUCUAAUGAAUCAGGAGACACAGCUACAGAGUCUCCAUGUAUGAAAGCCUCACCAACUUCACCGUCAUCAAAACCAGAGCUCCAAAACCCUCAAUCUCACAGUGGUCAAACACCAAGAUCACUCUCCGUAUGUUCGUAUUCCCUCCAUGGCUACGCUUCCACAAUGACCCCAGCCUUGACCCUGACCUCAGAGGAGCCCUUAGGAGCCAGUAAUAGGCCAGUGAACAGUAAGGUUGAAUCUUCAGAGGAAGGAGGGAGCAGUGAAGCACCUCCUGCUGCAGUCUUCUUUGGAAUUUCAGAUGAGGGUGCUGAGCAGCCACAGAAGUGGAACUCGGAGUCUGAAGCAGAUCUGUGCAGACCGGACAGCCACGGGGCAAGGUGGACACGGCUUGGUCAAGAUGACAGCCAAUCACAAAGACAGGUCAAAGAGACCAAAUCCAAAUGCAAGCGAAUUGCUCGCCUUCUAACUGAUGCACCCAACCCUCAAAAUAAAGGAGCCUUGUUGUUCAAAAAACGCCGCCAGAGAGUCAAGAAAUACACACUUGUGAGUUACGGGACUGGUGACAGAAAAUUUGACAGCGAAGACCAGUUGGAAGAAGAAACUGAGGAAAUUAGUACAGCUGGGUAUAACCUUGCCGCGACCAGCGAUUCUGAAUUUGAAGAGGAGUAUUCCGUAUAUCACCAUCAACAGGAUUUAAGUCUGAAUUGGAGAAGUGUUCGAGAAAUGGAAGCGUUACCCGGGACAAAAGGGAAAGGAGUCAUGAUGUUUGCACACCGUCGCAAACGUUUGGAAGAAAUAGCGUCACAGCAAGAACUGUGUAAUAAAGGAUUACAUUUGGAAGCCAUGUCAGAACCUGGAUAUGCAGAACCAAACAAUACCUACGACGCAAGAGAAACUUACGAUCAUUCUGAUUAUGAAAACUACACGGACAGACAAGUUCAACAAAUUAACCAAGAAAGAUCAUCGGUUACAAAUAGAACAGCAAAGCCCUUUUUGGGAUUUCAAAUUAGCAAAACUGAUAACGCAAUUCCUGCUGGUGCCUUUACAGUAAGAAUGAAGUCUGAGCCAAAAUUCAAGGUACCUGUUCCUAUUAUUUCAAGUUCACACGUUUGGUCUCCAACUGGAGACAUCAUAGCUUCCAGAGAUGAAAGAAUAUCUGUGCCAGCAAUAAAGACCUGCAGCCUUCCAGAGUCAAGGCGCAAACAGACAUCGAGACAAAGAUCAGACCCUCGUCGUGAAAACAAAGGGCAAAGCAGAGCUUAUAUGGAGUCAGAGGAAGACUGUUUUAGUCUUGGUGCUGAAGCUUGUAACUUCAUGCAACCCAAACCAAUUAAGCUCAAGAACCCUCCCCCGGUUGCACCAAAGCCUGCCAUCAACCCCAAGGGUGCACCCUGGCUAAGAGGACCUCCUAGUGAACCCUGUCUUCCAUCCAGAAAUCCAGGUUCACAACCUUCCAGCUGUCCUGUGGGGCAUCAAAACCAGCACCGUUGGGUUCAACCUCAAAAGGUGGCCAACUGCAGGGAAUCAGAUCAAGCAUCAAGUGCAAUUCAAAUACCUGCCACUGGCCGGGCAUUGGUCAGCGCCCCUUCUCAGCCUCAUCUUCAGCCAGCCACAAAUAGCUGGAGUAAGCAAAUGCCAAGACCCCCUGUGAGUAUGAAGCCCUACAGUCCGACUUACAGUCCACAUCACCCACAGUCAAGAAGUAAGCUAGAUAGCCCUCUGAGUUCUGUUGCCUCAUCUCCACCACAACCUAUUCAGUCAUUUAAAGCGAAGAUAUCAAUGGCUCCACCAAAAGCCACGACAUGGAAAGAGUCACUUUCCAAAAGACAGCCAACAACGGAGAAGGUUCUUGGUACAAACCAGACAAGACCCUCCUCUCCAUCGUUGUCCUUACCCAAUUCCUGGAGAUAUUCAUCCAAUAUUCGAGCACCACCUCCUUUAUCUUACAAUCCCCUUCAUUCCCCUUUUUAUACUCCACCAACAGUGAAAAAAUCCCCUCUGAGUUCCAAGGAGAAGCCUAAAUCAGCCUCAAAACACCUCAACACUUUAGAUAUCAUGAAACAUCAGCCACAUCAUUUAGACUCAUCGCUCUUCAAGUAUGAUGCCCCCACGGAGACUAAAAACCUCAGCUCCAAACCUUCUCCACCCUCAAAGUUUGACAUGACCAAAAACCUCAAACAAAGAGCUACCCACUCCCACUCUCCUAAUAUCUCAGAGCCUGAUUUUGAAAGUAAGUCCGAGGCCUCUGCUAAGUCCUCAGCUAAGUCCUUUGGAGCAGUAAGUUCCCCAAAUUCCUUUACUCGGCAAAACACCAAGUCAGCUGAGCCUGUUGCACUCGACGAGCACUUGGAUGUGAAGCAUGUUGGCUAUCGCACAACCACGAAGCAAGCACUGAUCAUUCAUCCUGCAAGCACUUCUUCCCAGCAGUCACCUAGGGAUGAUAGCAUAGCGUCAGCUUUUUCUCCUGCAUCGAUAAUUGCUAGAGGCGCACGUCAAAUGGCUCCUCGGCCUAAAUUCUCCGCUAAGAAGUCUGUAGCGACAACCAAACAGUGGAGGCCUGUUGCAAUGCUGAAUUAACUCUAUAAAUAGCUUUGCUUUGAUGAUGCAGUCAACACUGAGAUGAUGGAACACCUUGCUUAAACAAAGCAGCCUAUGACUCCACAGUGAGUCCAGUAUGAGCUUGAGCAUGCAGCAUGCCAGCAAAACUAGACAAGGUAUAAACCCUGGCUGUCUUAAAAUAGAUCAGGUCAUCUUCCAUAAACUGUAAAAAUAAACCUUAAUACGUCAUAUAGGAAGUCAAAGUGAAUGUGAGAACAAGUUGGUGUCGAAUGUCAGCAAAAUUAGGUGUGUUUUCUCAUACGUCUGCUCCAAAUCCCAAAUAUCAACCAGAAGCAAUAGCAAUGUGUAUUACAUGAAAUAUACUGUACAAUAAUAAGUCAUCUGAUAAGCACAUUGCAUACUCAUAUUGCAUUUGUAUUAAUAGAAUAUGUGAAAGGCAUGUCUGGGAGAAACAGCAUGCACUUCUUAAUUAGUAUAAUAUAUAUGAAUUCAUUUUAAAUUUCUUCAUUCUCAUUCCGAAGUCAUCAAUCUUAAUGUGUCCUAUUUUUGGUCAAAUUUAAUAAGAUCUGAUUUCUCUUCUGCUUUUAGUGACUCAAAAUGUCGUCUGACAUGAGAUGGUUUUCAUGCACAUCUUGUCUUCAGCACAAUUAAACAUUUCUUUCCUCUUCCUUGUGAACUUUCUGUGUUUGUCAAGCUUCUAUUUAUGUAUUUCUGCUUUUUCCUCAUAUUUCCACUGUCAUCUUUGUUCAACGUAUAUGACGUAGCCUAAUUAAUAUUUGUGGCAUUUUAAGUAAGGUCAGUGGGAUAUUAUUAGUAAGAUUAUAAGUCAUUUCCCACAAAUGACAUUCAUUGGACAUAAUUUGGGUCGUUUUAUCUUCCCCACAUCUAUUUGUUAUGUGUACUUAUUAUUUGACUACCUUAUCCAGGGAAUUUAUUUUUGUUUUUUAUUACUUUUUCAUUUUUUAGUUAAUUGUUUUAGAGGGCUGCACAGCAUACGAGUGGAUAGGCCCCACAGCUAGGAGACCCGAGUUAAGAGGAUAAGACCCCACUUAUCCUCAUGAGGGUCACAGGGGGUGCUGGAGCCUAUCCCAGCUGACUUCGGGCGACAGGCGGGGUACACCCUGGACUGGUCGCCAGCCAAUCACAGGGCACAUAUAGACAAACAACCAUUCACACUCACUUACUCAGUUCACUUGACUCACUCACUUGUCCAAUCUAUGGACAAGUUGGAGUCACCAAUUAGCCUAGCAUGUUUUUGGAAUGUGGGAGGAAAACUGAGUACCCGGAGAAAACCCACGCAUGCACGGGGAGAACAUGCAAACUCCACACAGAGAUGGUCAAGUGUGGAAUUGAACUCAGGUCUCCUAGCUGUGAGGUUUGCAUGCUAACCACUAGACUGCUGUGCAGCCUUGAACUGAAUAUACCACACAAAAUAUACCACACAAAUCUA